GGUUUGGUUCUGACGUUUGUGAUGAGGCUCAGUAGGCUGGCCUUUGGAGAAUUUAUUUAAUUGGGCUAUUUUAAAAAAUAAAUAAUUGAGAGGGCAUUAAACUCGAACGGCAAUAUCCGAUCGGAGCUAGGAUUUCUGUCUGUUUUGUUCUGGGAUGUAUUUUUAGAAUAACAGAGCCGUAAUAAAGCCUGGCUAACGCGCAGCGUCUGCGCUGCUUGACAUUUCAACGCACCAAUCCGUUUGUGAGGAGCUGAUUGAGUCGACUUCCCCACACUCACUGGGACAGUUGAAGGGAAACGCACACGGAUAUCUCCUCAUCUUCACGUCCGACGCACAGCGAGCCAUCCAGUCUUCUCUUCGGUGCCUGCUGCAGGGAGAUGGCCGGGAUACUGGCGUGGUUUUGGAAUGAGAGGUUCUGGCUCCCGCAUAAUGUCACCUGGGCUGACUUGAAGAACACAGAUGAGGCGACGUUCCCGCAAGCUGAGGAUCUCUAUCUGGCGUGUCCUUUAGCCUUCUGCAUCUUUAUGAUACGGCUGGUUUUUGAAAGGUUUAUUGCAAGACCAUGUGCCAUGGGUUUGAAGAUCCAAGCCAACGGGCCACAAAAGGCUCAGCCAAAUGCUAUCCUGGAGAAGGUUUUCACUGCUAUAACCAAGCAUCCAGAUGAAAAGAGACUGGAGGGUCUGUCCAAGCAGCUCGACUGGGACGUGAGAACCAUCCAGCGUUGGUUCAGGCAGCGGCGCAAUCAGGAGAAGCCGAGCACACUCGCCAGAUUCUGUGAAAGCAUGUGGCGGCUCACAUUCUACCUUUACAUAUUUACCUACGGGGUGCGUUUUCUUAAAAAGACCCCGUGGUUGUGGAACACUAAAGAAUGCUGGUACAACUACCCUUAUCAGCCACUGACUGUGGACAUCCACUAUUACUACAUACUGGAGCUGUCCUUCUACCUGUCAGUACUCUUUUCCCGAUUCACAGACAUCAAGAGGAAGGAUUUUCUGAUCAUGUUCCUGCACCAUGUGGCGACUAUCUCUCUCAUCGUGUUUUCUUACGUGAACAACAUGGCGCGAGUGGGAACUCUGGUCAUGUGUCUACAUGAUGCAGCUGACAUUCUGAUAGAGGCUGCCAAGAUGGCAAACUAUGCUAAAUGCCAGAUGCUGUGCAACCUCCUGUUUGCAAUGUUUGCAAUUCUCUUCAUAAGUUUUAGGCUGGGAGUUUACCCCAUCUGGAUUUUAAAUACUACUUUGUUUGAGAGUUGGGAAAUCGUCGGUCCCUACCCGUCCUGGUGGGUCUUCAACCUGCUUCUACUCCUGCUGCAACUCCUGCACUCGUUCUGGUCCUACCUCAUAGUGAAGACAGCAUGCAGAGCCAUCUCUAAAGGAAAGGUGGGGAGAUGGAAUCCUUUACACGUGUCUAAAGAUGACCGCAGUGAUAUCGAGUCCAGCUCCGAUGAGGAUGAAAGCUUCCCAUCCAAUCAGAAGCAUCACACCAGCUCCACCAAUGGAACCAACAAAAAUGGGGCCAACAAAAACGGAACCAAUGGAUACCUGACGGGAGCGUCGUAUCCCGACGAACACUGACUGAAGCUGCAUAAAUGGAGCCAUGAUACAGACACUAUCCAUUCAUCUGUGUGUGAGCGAGAGAGCACGUCUGUGUGUGCGUGUGUAUGUGUGUGCGAUUUAAAGGUUGUGUUUAGGCCAUGAACAACAUCUCCUCAUCCUCAUCUAUAAGUUCUUGACUGAUUUAUGGGAAUGCGGCUUUUUCACUGAUCCAUAUAUAAAUAUACGAAUACAUAUUUGCAUCACUCACUGGAAAAUAAAAGCAAUCCUAUCAGUAUAGCCCACUCUGUUUAGCCAAUGAAUGACAGAAUUCCACUUAUUUAAAUUUCAGCAUGUUUCAUUAACUUACAGCGGUUUGGCAUACUGCGGGGGGUGUUUUCGCCUUCAUUUUUGUCUCUUUUAUGUUAUUUAGUUUUUUAAUGACAUGUUUACAGACUGUAGUCAGGCAACUCUUCUUCUUUGUUGUCAGUGUUGACAUUAUCCUUAUCUUUUCAUCUAAAAAAUGCCAAAUUCCUGGGUACACGUUUAUUGCUAUACCCCCAAAGAUUUGCCAAAACAGUGAGUUUGUUAUCACUCACGAAUGGAUGUUAAUGUGAAGUUUACAUUCAUGUGACUAAUACAAACCAUCUCCACUCAAACUGUAUAUGGGAUGUCAAUACCGGUAGUAUGUGUAUGAGGGUGUGUGUGUGUGUGUGUGUGUGUGUGUGUGUGUGUGUGUGUGUGUGUGUGUGUGUGUGUGUGUGUGUGUGUGUGUGUGUGUGUGUGUGUGUGUGUGCAUAAGAAAUGGCUAGAUGCUGUGUUCCUUACUGAAUCAUUUUGUCAGGUAUUCUGAUACAUUUCUGGUAUUCAUUAAAUUAAAGGCAAUUUGUCCUCUUAUGAGGUGUUUGAAUACUUCAAAUAAAAAAAUAACAAUGACAGCAA